UUAUCUAUGUUGACAGCUGUGCUAACCGCUUAUAAUAAAUUAUUUGCCAGCUAAUCUAAAAGUGGGAAGUAAAUAAAAGUUGUGAUGUAGCAGAGUUAUUGGACAUAAAUGUUCGCGUGCAGAACUUUGUUAACAUAUAAAACUUUCGAUUUAAACUUCAGGACGCCAUUUUUAAAUAUUUAUGGAAAAAAUAAUAUAUUUGUUAUUUAGUAGCAUCGUUAUUAGCAACCGAUGGCUCGCGUUCUUCAUAUUAAACUAUUCAAUCUCUUAUUUAAAGAAGUCGUCCUAUCUCAAAUUCAACAUGAAUAUAAAAAACCUUUCAAUAUAUUUAAAUUACAAUGUGAUUGGGCUUAGUAUAUUAGCCUUGACCAGUUUUGUUGCUUUGACCUUAAGUGAAAGUAUACCAACUCAAAAUAUGUCCCGAAAAGAACGCGUAGAAUUGAGGAAUGAAGCUAGAGACAUGUUUUAUCAUGCAUACCGGGCAUAUAUGGACAAUGCCUAUCCUGCCGAUGAAUUAAUGCCACUUUCCUGUAAAGGUAGAUAUCGAGGUGUUACGCCUUCCCGAGGCGAUAUGGAUGACAUUUUGGGAAAUUUUUCAAUGACUCUAGUUGAUUCCAUUGACACAUUGGUAUUACUUGAAGAUUUCGAUGAAUUCGAACGAGCCGUUCGGUUAGUAAUUCAAGAUGUACAAUUCGAUAGCGAUAUAAUAGUUUCCGUUUUUGAAACAAAUAUACGGAUGGUGGGUGGCUUACUUUCGGCACAUGUUUUGGCGGAGCACAUCCAAAAAAGUCGUGGUAUAAUGCUAUGGUACAGCGGGGAAAUGUUGGAAAUGGCGCGUGAUCUAGGUUAUCGCUUACUCCCAGCUUUUAAUACAUCAACAGGAAUACCACAUGCUCGAGUCAAUCUGCGUCAUGGCAUUAAAGAUGAGCAGCUGAAAAAAUCACGUGAAACAUGUACAGCAUGCGCUGGAACUAUUUUAUUAGAAUUCGCGGCUUUAUCACGUUUGUCUGGUGAUCCUGUAUUUGAAGCACGUGCUCAUAAAGCCAUGGAUGCGCUUUGGAAGCUACGGCACAGGGGCUCUGAUUUAAUGGGAACCGUCCUAAACAUUCAUUCGGGAGAUUGGGUACGUCGAGAUUCAGGUGUAGGAGCCGGUAUUGAUUCAUACUAUGAAUACUUAUUUAAAUCUUACGUUCUACUUGGUGACGAUAAAUAUUUGGCUCGUUUUAACCGUCAUUAUAAUGCAGUAAUGAAAUAUGUUAGCGAAGGACCUAUGCUUUUGGAUGUACUCAUGCAUAGGCCUCAUGCAAAGUCACGCAACUUCAUGGAUUCAUUACUUGCUUUCUGGCCUGGUCUCCAAGUUCUAUCUGGAGACAUUAAACCAGCUGUUCAAACACACGAAAUGCUUUAUCAAGUAAUGCAAAUGCACACAUUCAUACCAGAAGCUUUUACUGUCGAUUUUCAAAUUCACUGGGGACAACACCACCUUCGGCCCGAGUUUAUAGAAUCAACAUAUUUUCUUUUUCGAGCUACUGGUGAUCAUCAUUACCUUCAAGUGGGCAAAAAAGCAUUAAAAACUCUUCAGAAAUAUGCAAAGGUUCCAUGUGGAUAUGCGGCUGUAAACGACGUUCGCACUGGAAAACACGAAGAUCGCAUGGAUUCUUUUGUACUCUCAGAAACAUUUAAAUAUCUGUAUUUGUUAUUUUCGGAACCACAUGAUUUAGUAGUUGAUGUCGAUGAAUUUGUUUUCACUACAGAGGCACAUCUGCUACCAUUAACUAUCGCACAGCUCGGGAACACAACUUUCAGCUUUAGGCAAACUGAUGAACAUAACGUUCUGGAUUUUAUGCGAACUUGUCCCAAGUCAAAUAAGCUUUUUCCAGAAAAAGUUCGGAAACCAUUGCGCAAUUUUAUUACGGGUUCUUGUCCCCGGGUACCUAUCGGGAAGCGAUUACGUGCUUUGGAUUUUCAAGCAAGUAAUGCCGAUCAUUUGCGGGCUAUUUACGACAUGGGCAUAACAAUGGUGUCCUUAGGUGAUGGCAAGGUGCGCCUCUUUCAUAGUUUUUAUAACGCCAAAAGCCCUGAUGAUGGAGAAAUGGGUUUGCUGUUUAUGCAAGAAAUGCUGGAACUGACCAAAAUACAAAAUAUGAAUCAACUGGCACAACUUCAGGCAGUUGCAUAUUCGCCAAAUGAUAAAUCCAAUGAUUGGACUGCGUUGAUGGCCGGUCCAUCGCAUUUCAGUCCAGAAUUAGUGGGAGAUCGAUUUGUCGAAGGUGAAUUGGUUAUGGCAACACCUUUUCGGGCUUGUGAGGAACCCUCAAACAAAGCUGAAAUAAGCGGCAAAAUCCUUAUUGCCGAAAGAGGAGAUUGUACAUUUGUUAGUAAAGCGCGUCUGGCCCAAGCAGCGGGUGCCCUUGCAUUAAUAGUUUGUGAUAAUGUACCGGGAUCUUCCGGGGAGGCGCAACCAAUGUUCGCCAUGUCUGGAGAUGGCACUAAUGAUGUCACGAUACCAGUUGUAUUUAUGUAUUCACAAGAGUUUAUUAAACUGUCUAAUGUUACGAAAGAAAACCCAAAACUGAUCGUGAGAAUCAUGCAAAUGAUCGAAUUUAAACGUUGGCAACUCGCAAGGGAUUCAACAAAAACGACAACAAACUACCAAAUGACAAUUAACACUAAAAUACCAAAAGCUACAUCUACUAAGAAUGGUGAUGCUGAAAGAACAGCAGAGACAGACAACAUUAAAGAAGAUCUAUAGUGUUUAUAAAAUUAAAUUCUUAAUACAACUCAGUUAAAAUUAUUAAUUAAAAAAGAAAUUAAACUCACUUUAAGUAAUUAGAAUUCCCAAAAUUAAUCGAAAGCUUGUAUAUAUGUAGUUAUUUUAAUAUAAAUAUAAAUUCUUUGAGGAUUGGUAAUCAUUCUAAAAAUAAAUUAAAUUAUUCCUUCUAAGAACAAACUCUUUUGUUUGAAGACAGAGUAAUUAUCAUAAAUAUACAUACGAAACAUAUUAUGCAAUAACGAAUUGUAUAUAAUAUUAAUAAUUUCGCAUAAUUAUGUUAGAACGUUUGCAAUGAAGGAUUAUUAUUUGUUUUCUAAAAUAUAUCUGUAAUUAAUAAUAGUUAAACAGUAGAAUUGUAAAGUUUUUAAAGUUUAAGUAACUCCUCACGAACUUUGUAUAAAUAGUAACGGUGUGAUAACUUGCAUGUUGAGGUCCUAAGUAAUCUUAAAGUUAUAGUGUCGUUUAAAAUAUUUCAAGCGGAAUGAAAUAUAAUUAUUUAUAAUAUACCAUUAAGUAUCUUUAAUAUGCGAAAGAAAUUUAAUUAAAUUUUUGUAUAGAACCACAAAA